AUGCCCAAAAUCACAAUCUUGGGCGCAGGCAUCACUGGCUUGGCUAUUGCCAGCCAGCUACCUAGCAACUAUGAUAUCACGAUUGUUGCCAAAGAACUCCCGGGAGACGACACUCUGAAAUGGGCAAGCCCGUGGGCUGGGGCAAUCUGGAUGCCGAUCCAUGGCGCAAACGCUGAGGAGCAGCGUGUGCAGCUCAAUUCCUUGGCUUUCCUCACCAAAUUGGCUGCUUCCAACCCAGAAUCUACAGUCAGGUUUGAGGUGCUCCCCAAGUCCCGCUAUCCCGAAGGUGUCAAAUAUGCCAUGAAGUAUAAUGCCGUCACCAUGCACCCUCAAAACUUGAUCAAGUGGCUCGAAUCUCGCUUGAAAGCCAAAGGAGUGAAGUUUCACAGAGCAGGUGUGACUUCGCUGGGAGCUUUGAAGCACAUGGGCCACGACGUUCUCAUUAAUGCUUCAGGCCUUGGUGCCGCUGCAUUAAAAGACGUUCACGACCCGCAAAUCAUGCCCUGCGUCACCCAUUUGAUUGAAGUGAGACAUCCCUAUGAUCAGAUCUGGAUGCGCCACAACAAAGACUAUUCAGUCUACACCUACAUCCUCCCUCGUGGAGAUGGAACUGCGGUUCUUGGUGGCUCUCGUUUCUAUGGAGAAUGGGUUCCCAAGAUCAUUCCUGAAGUCCGUCAGGGGAUCAUUGACCGUCUUCAUAAAAAUUUGCCCGAGCAUUUCCCUGCCGACAUCAAAGACAUCGAUUUCAUAAGCGAUAUCACCGGCGUCCACCAGCAGCAGGAGGGUGGACUCAAGCUUUACAAGCAACACCUGAAUGGACAAGAUGUGGUCCAUGCGUACGCAUUCCGUGGUGGAGGUUUCAUGCUUAGUUUCGGUCUUGCGAACGAAGUUGCUCAAAUGGUGAACAAACAUCUCUUCACUUACGAUGCUAGGUUGUAG